UCUCUCUAUAAAUGAAUGAGAAUUCACCCUUCUUUCAACUCCCUAAUCCUUCCCUUUCCCUUUAACCCUUUCUCCACCAAGCUCUCAUCAAUGGAGGAUUUUGAUUCUCUCUGGACUUAUCAACAGGGGUGGGAUGAGAUAAAACAGAAGCUUUUGUGUGCUACAAUUGAGCUAGAAUCAGCAAAGAUGGAGGCAAAUCAAGAGAUGAUGAAGAACAAAGAGAGUGUAAAGAAUCUGAUGAAUCUUCUUCAAAUGGCUUACAAAGAAAGAGAUGAAGCAAAGAAUCAGCUUCAAAAGGUGUUGAAUGAAUUGAUAUUAACAUCUCAUUUUCAAGCUGAAAGUCCUGUAGGUAAAGCAAAUUCCAGCAUCACAGAAUCCAACAGCCUUUCAGCUGAUACAUUCAACAACAAUCCUCAAUCUCAAUCUCUUGGCUCGCCCGUUGUUGAUUCGUUCUUCGAUGCUGUUUCGUCGACUGAUUUCUCGAGCUUAAACGUUGGAGAUUCGUAUAAUGUGGAUCCAUGUGGGUUGGUGAUUGAGAACAUUGUGAAGGGGAAGAAACUGCCAGAGAAGGGGAGGCUGCUGCAGUCUGUGAUGGAGGCUGGGCCGUUGCUUCAGACGCUGCUGGUGGCCGGGCCGCUCCCCCAGUGGAGGAAUCCGCCCCCGUUGCAGCCGUUCAAGAUACCUCCUGUGUUGAUGAAAGGACAGGGUGUUGUGGUGAACAGUCCUAGAAUGUGUUCAAGUUCUAUGUUGAAUUUCUCUGGCGUUCCUUCAGAGUCAGAGUCAUGUUGUUUGAAUCACAGUAGUGCAUUGGUGUCAGGUUGUAAUCCCAGUUUUGGGUGUACAAAGAGACAGAGAUUGGUGUAAGAAUGAUACUCAUAUAUUGUAUUGUAAAAAUUAAAGUUGGUUUCAUUUGUAAAUGAGAUGUUAAAGUUUUUGGUAUUGGAAAUUGAAUUCA